AUGUCCAGGAGUUACGAUCGCGCCCUUACCGUCUUUUCACCCGAUGGCCACCUGUUCCAGGUUGAAUACGCACUGGAAGCCGUGAAGAAAGGAACAUGUGCAGUUGGAGUCCGUGGCAAAGAUGUCGUUGUGUUAGGCGUCGAGAAGAAGUCAGUACUUCAGUUGCAAGACCCCCGAACUGUCCGUAAAGUUGUUAUGCUGGACGACCAUGUAUGUCUUGCCUUUGCUGGUCUCAAUGCUGACGGGCGGGUAUUGAUUGACAAGGCUCGGAUAGAAUGUCAGAGCCACCGGUUAACGGUAGAGGAUCCUGUCACAGUUGAGUACAUCACGAGGCACAUUGCGGGAGUCCAACAAGCGAAUGCUAUUGGUCGAUCGUCCAAAACUGUACGGGAGUUUUUGGAGAAGAAUCACAAAGACGAUAUGUCACGAGAGGAUACGAUAAAGCUCACCAUCAAAAGUCUUCUAGAGGUUGUCCAAACUGGGGCAAAGAACAUUGAGAUCAAUAUUAUGGAGAGUUACGGCAAGAUCACAAGCUUGGACUUGACCCAAAUCGAGGGUAUCGUAGCAGAUAUCGAACGGGAAAAGGAAGCAGAGGCGGAGCGGAAACGGUCGCGACUGGCUGCAACUGCGGCAGGUCAGGCAGCUAUGUCCCAAGCAGCUACUGGCUCAUCAUAA